UAGAAUCAGCUGUUGGCUCCGGCUGCCUGCAGCUUUUUGUUUACAGUGGCAAUUUUGCAAACUCGCGCAUUUUUAUACAAGUUCAUAAUUUAAUUUUUGUACAUGCUGUGCGAAAUCUCAAUACAAAAUCAUGUUAAAUUUUCUGAAGCAAACCCGAAAGUUCGUGAAUUCCACUGAAGCCAUUUGCAUCGUUUUGGGCAAUGAGUCUUGUGAUUUGGAUUCCGCUGUGUGUGCAAUUGCUCUAGCUUUUCAUUAUCAACAAGAAAUUCGGAAUACCAAAAACUUUCUGCCUGUCCUCAACAUCCCGCGUCGUGAUUAUCCUCUUAAAACUGAAGUACGUUACCUCUUUAGCCAACAAGCAAUUAACGAAGAACAUUUAACUUUUCGGGAUGAGUUACAACCCGAAUUUUUGGAACGUAGUGACCUUAUUUUGGUAGAUCAUCAUGUCAGCCCUUUUGCAGCGCGAUGCGUACAAGUUUUCGAUCAUCGAGCGCUCGAUGACAAAGCGCAGUUACCGACUAGUUGCAAGACCCGUAUAGAGUUAGUUGGCUCAUGCGCCACUCUAAUUGCAGAGCAUAUAUUAAUGUCGUAUACAUCAGCAACACAAGAAAAACUAGCUGAGAUUGAACCAGUCUUGACCAUGCUUCACAGCACGAUUGUGCUGGACACCGUAAAUUUCAGUGAAUCGGCAAAUCGUGCCACUACAAAAGAUGUUGAAAUAUGUAUGAGGCUUGAGGAAUUUCUGGAAGAGCUGCCUGUCGAUAAGGUGGGAACUAAGCGAACCCAGUUAUUUGAUUCACUAGUAGCAGCGCGUGCAGAUGUAAGCAGCUUAACUUCGUUGCAACUUCUACGCAAAGAUUUAAAAAUACUAACUACUGGCGACGCUAAAUUAAAUAUCGCCAUACCAGGAUUUCCGUUGCUGGUGCAACAGUUCAUCGAAAAAGAGGAUGCAGCAAGUGCUGUUCAAGAAUUUGCCAAGGAAACCAAUUCUGCAAUAGUAGUUCUAAUGGGAAUGCUUGUCAAAGAUGGAGGCGUACAACGUGAUUUGGGCUUCAUAGACAUAGGUUGUAGCGAACUGUGCGCGGCCAUACGGCAAAAGCUCUUAGCAUCUACCGAACCGGCGCUCUGCUUGCAGCAAUACGACAACUGUAAUUUUCUCAGCGGCACCUUUUACAAGAUGGUUAAUAUAAAGGCCACCCGCAAGCAUGUUUUGCCACUGAUAAAGCAGCUGCUUGACCAAUGGCAAAAAUAAUGGCACCAUUGAAAUUAUUUAAGUUAAAAUUCCAUACAUAAUUAAAAAAAGGAGCAGUGGUUGUUCAUUGCUCACCGAUUUUGUCACCUUCAACAUUUUCCUCACCCAUUGCAUCAUCUUCGCAUUCCAACACUAGAUCUUCCAGCAUUUCCGCCAACGUAAUAUGCGGGACACUAUCAUUUGCAGCUUGUGUGUCAUUGCUAUCCACCGGCAGCGAUUUCUUAGCAUCACGAUAGAUGUUAAUCUGCUUACGGUACUCAACAUCUUCCUCCAAAUCUUCAAGAAAUUCAUUAAAGUCGUGUUUGCUGCGUUCAUCAGUUGCUUCUUCAGCUAAAUGACGUAAUUUCCAAUUU